AUGGCCAUCCAUCAGACCCCUUCUCGGGCAACCGUCCAGCCCAUUGUCCCACCUAAGGACUCGGCUAUCGACUUCGGGGCUGUUGUCACAAAUGUUGACAUUGAGAAACUCACCGACGCCGAUUUCGACGUGAUCCGUGAUUCCCUCUUCAGGCACCAAGUCGUCGUCAUCAAGAACCAAGGUCAUGCCUCCCCCAAAGCCCAGUUUGAGAUCACGCAAAGAUUCGACCCCGAGGCCGGUGCCUCGUACGGGCACGGCAAGACCCUUGACGCGAAGCGUUCCAUUCUGCAUCCUGACCUGAAGACUAUUCCCCAUCAGCCGCAGGUACAAGUCAUUGGCAACGGCUUCGUUGAGGAAUACGAGGGCCUGAAGAACAUACAACUCAGGCACCCUCACCACCGGACGUUCCAUGCCACCACAAUCCCGGCCGAGGACGACUUGGACUUCACCCGCUUCUAUCGCUGGCACAUUGACGCCGCGCUCUACGGUCUCGCGCCGCCCGUCGCCACUACUCUCCUCGCCGUUCGCGUCCCCGGUGGUCGCAAACAGACGCUCCGCUACGACGACGGCACGGGCGAGGAGAUGAGCGUGCCGCUGGGCACCACCGCCUUCGUCUCCGGUUAUGCCAUGUACGACCAGCUCUCCCCCGAGGACCAGGACUUUGUCCGCACGACAAAGGUCGAGUACGCCCCGCAUCCCUACGUCUGGAUGAGCAGCGCAAAGUCCCGCUCCGACGGCCUCGGGCUGGUGUCAGAGGGCAAGGAGGUCCCGCUCACCGAUCUGCCGCCUAUUGAGGAGGAAAAGAUCCAGGUCUUGCCCAUGUGCUGGCGGAACCCCGUCACGGGCCGGCUGGCGUUGCAGGUCCACCCCUCGGCCGUGCGGAGGCUGCACUUGGCCGACGGGACCAUAAUGGAGGAUCUGGCCCAGGUUCGGGAGACUGUGCACCGGCUGCAGCGCCCGGGGAUCUCGCCCAAAUACGUGUACCCGCAUGACUGGGAGGAGGGCGACUUUGUUAUCUUUCACAACCGCGGGGUAAUCCAUUCUGUCGUUGGUGCGUUUGCGGAAAGCGAGGUCCGGUUGUUCCGGCAGUGUAAUAUCGCUGCAAGCCGGCUUCCUGACGGCCCCGUCGAGGUCGCAGCAGCUGUGUAA